AUGUCGGCCAAAACUAGCAACCCGGUCUUCAAUAACGCGGCCAAUGAGGAGGUCCAAAAGCUGCCGGGGAUGGGAAUAAACCUUUCAAACGACCAGUUACUUGAACUCUACGGCUACUACAAGAUCGCUACUGGCUGCGACAUUACCAAAGAGCCUGCCCCUGGCAUGUUUGACAUUCGCUAUUCCUGUCUUUCCCAAGCUUUGGUUGCUAACGUUUGUUUUGCCGAGCAGCGGAAGGAGAAGUGGAGGAGCUGGAAGGCUAAAGUCGACGAGGGAAAGACCGCAGAGCAAGCUCAGGAGAAGUACAUUCAGCUCGUGGAGGAGUACAAGAAAGGGAAGAAAUCUGGCCAGUAA